CAGUUUGAGGGUUUUAGUUUCAUUUCUAGGGUUUAAACAUUUCACUCUCCACUCUCUCUCUCUCUCACUCUCUCUCUCUCUCAGCAUGUGGGCUCUUCGUCGAACUUCGAUUCGCCUCACGCUAAGAAAUCAAGUACUUAAUCGUGCUUCUUGUGUCAAAUUAAUACCAAACACGGUGGUGGAAUAUGAGGAUGCUGUUCCUCAUCAUGGUAGAUUUCUGUCAACCAGCCACACAUUUUACCGCACAGACCACAAAUUUACUGUCAGCAGCCGGCAACUUUCGUCACAAGCUGAUGCUAGUAACAACAAAGAGGAUGAUGUUGUUGAUAAUGAUGGCGUGGAGAUUGAAGAUCGUUUGUCUGAACCGGACCUGACUGAUGGUGAUGACGGUGAUGAUGGUGGGAAAUUACAAGAUGAGCUGGAUUUGUCUGAUACUGAGAGUGAUCCAGCUGAGGAGGAGAAAACAUCACGGAGAGCAAAGAGUCGGUCUGAAUUAUUCAAGGCGAUUGUAAGUGUUCCAGGUUUGUCUGUUGAUUCUGCUCUCAACAAGUGGGUUGAAAAAGGUAAAACAUUAACCAGGCAAGAGAUCGUGCUGGCCUUGAUUAAUCUUCGAAAGCGUAAAAUGUAUGGAAGGGCUUUGCAGCUCUUGGAUUGGCUAGAGUCAAACGAAAAGCUUGAAUUUACUGAGAAAGAGUAUGCUUCUAAACUUGAUAUGAUUGCCAAAUUGCGUGGCCUACAAAAGGCAGAACAAUUCCUUGCGCAUGUUCCAAACUCUUUCAGAGGAGAAUUAUUAUACAGAACAUUACUAGCUAACUAUGCUAGUGUGUUCAAUUUGGGUAAAACAGAGGAAACAUUCAACAAAAUUAGGGAGUUAGGUUUUCCUAUUACACCAUUUGCUUGUAACCAGUUACUUAUCCUUUAUAAGAAGAUUGACAAGAAGAAAAUAGCUGACGUUUUACUUAUGAUGGAAAAGGAGAAUGUCAAACCUUCUCCUUUUACUUAUAAAAUUUUAAUAGAUGCUAAGGGCCUUUCCAAUGAUAUUGAAGGAAUGUCUCAAAUUGUUGAGACAAUGAAGGCAGAAGGUGUCGAACUAGACCACCAAACACAGGCAGCCCUGGCUAGGCAUUAUGCCUCUGCCGGGCUUACAGAAAAAACUGAAGCUAUAUUGAAGGAGAUUGAAGGUGAAGACUUGAAAGAGAAUAUGUGGGUAUGUCCAACCUUGCUCCGCCUUUAUGCAAUUUUGCGAAGGGAUGAUGAAGUGGAAAGAAUUUGGAAGGCUUGUGAGUCAAAACCUCGGGUUGAGGACUGCCUUGCAGCAGUUGAAGCUUGGGGCAAGCUGAAGAAAAUUGAAAAAGCAGAGGAAGUUUUUGAGAUGAUGUCAAAUAAAUGGAAACUUACCGCCAAAAACUACUCAGUACUCUUGAAAAUUUAUGCAAGGAAUAAGAUGCUAAUCAAGGGUAAGGAUCUUAUUAAGAAAAUGGGAGAUAGUGGGUGCGUAAUAGGUCCAACGACAUGGGAUUCAAUUGUGACACUUUAUGUUCAAGCAGGGGAAGUCGAAAAGGCAGACGCUGUUUUGCAGAAGGCACUACAGCAGGGUAAACUGAGGCCAAUGUUUAAUACUUAUAUGACUAUUAUGGAGCAGUAUGCAAGGAGAGGUGACGUCCAUAAUGCGGAGAAGAUGUUCUAUAGAUUGAGACAAGCUAAUUAUGUUUCUAGAAUAACUCCGUUCCAUGCUCUAGCACAGGCUUAUAAAAAUGCCAAACUACCGGCAUAUGGGAUCAGGGAGAGGAUGAAAGCUGAUAACAUAUUUCCCAACAAAGCUUUGGCUAACCAAUUGGCUCAACUUGAUCCAUUUAAGAAAACUGCAGUUUCCGAUUUGCUUGAUUGAGGAGGAAACUAGCAUAUUCUGCCUCAUGCUUCUACUUUUUUCAAAUGCUAUUGUUAGAUAGUUUGAUGCUAUGAUUCAACUUCCCAAAUUCGAAUAUUUUGUCUUGUACUAAAUACUGCAUAAAUAGGUUUUAUGAUUUCAUUGGGUCCAUUUGUUGAGAGC